CUAGAUGAAUCUUUUCUUGUUUUCUUUUUUUCUUUUCCCAAUAUCAAGAUCACCCAACCACUACAUAUAGAGAUGAUAAUGAUCACCCAACACCCACAUUCAAGUGGUCAGUGCUUGCUUCCAAAAUGGUUCCAACUUCUCCUCCUCCAAAGGAAGUUCAAUCCGACGAAAAAUGGACGGAGGAAGAAGAUCAAUCGCGCCGGGCCAAAUGGUGGUACUCAACUUUCCACACUGUGACUGCCAUGAUUGGUGCUGGUGUCCUCAGCCUGCCUUAUGCCAUGGCUUACUUAGGCUGGGGACCAGGGACAAUGGCUUUGGUGAUAUCUUGGUGCAUGACAUUGAACACAAUGUGGCAGAUGAUACAACUCCAUGAAUGUGUACCUGGUACUCGAUUUGAUCGAUACAUUGACCUCGGUAGACAUGCUUUCGGGCCGAAACUAGGACCAUGGAUUGUGCUUCCUCAACAGCUGAUUGUCCAGGUUGGGUGUGAUAUUGUGUAUAUGGUGACUGGUGGCAAGUGUCUUAAGAAGUUCAUGGAGAUGGCUUGUACCAAUUGCAAACAACUCAAGCAGUCUUACUGGAUUUUGAUCUUUGGUGGAAUCCAUUUCUUUCUGUCUCAACUUCCCAAUUUCAAUUCUGUUGCUGGAGUUUCCCUGGCAGCAGCAAUUAUGUCAUUGAGCUAUUCAACUAUAGCCUGGCUAGGUAGCUUGACUCAUGGUAGGAUUGACAAUGUAAGCUACGCAUACAAGAAGACAAGCCCUGCAGAUUACAUGUUUCGAGUGUUCAACGCGCUCGGACAAAUUUCAUUUGCAUUCGCUGGUCAUGCAGUGGUCCUAGAAAUUCAGUCCACAAUUCCAUCAACUCCUGAAAAACCAUCCAAGAUACCAAUGUGGAAGGGUGCAGUAGUUUCCUACUUCAUUAAUGCCAUAUGCUAUUUGCCCGUCGCGCUUAUCGGUUACUGGGCUUUUGGCAAUGAUGUUGAUGACAAUGUUCUCUUGAAUCUCAAGAAGCCGGAGUGGCUCAUUGCCUCUGCCAACUUAAUGGUGGUCAUCCAUGUCAUUGGUAGCUAUCAGGUUUAUGCCAUGCCUGUGUUUGCCUUGCUGGAGGGGAUGAUGGUGAAAAGACUCAACUUUCCUCGAGGGACUGGACUUAGGCUCGUAACUCGAUCGGCUUAUGUUGCGUUUACACUCUUCAUGGGAGUUACAUUCCCUUUCUUUGGAGAUCUUCUAGGCUUCUUCGGCGGAUUUGGUUUUGCACCCACUUCAUAUUUUCUGCCAAGUAUAAUGUGGCUGAUAAUCAAGAAACCCAAAAGAUUCAGCACCAAAUGGUUCAUCAACUGGGCAUCCAUCUUCAUUGGAGCAUUCAUCAUGGUGGCUUCAACAGUUGGUGGCUUUAGGAAUAUCAUUGCAGACGCUUCCACCUACCGUUUCUACACAUAGAAACAGGAUCAAGUUAUGGGAUUAGAUUGGACUUGUCAAGACCAUUAAUGGUCUAAAUAUGCACUCUUGUUGGAAUGUUUUGUUUUAUAAGCAAAAACGUAAUUGAAUAUCCCAUCUGUCUUGCAUCUUUUCC